AAAUAAUUGGGAUUAAAUGAAAUAAAGAAAAAAAGAAAAAAACAAUUCCCCAAAAUUUAGGGUUUUUUUUUUUUUUUUUAAUUUUUUUAUUUUUUAAAAUUGAAAACGAAAUUGCAAGGCAGUGGAGAGACCUAUAAAUUUGGGGCGUCGAUUGAGGGCCGAUCAUGGUGGUGGAGAAGGCGUUCCGAUGAUUUUUCAUAGCCAUUAAUUUGAUCCCAACACGGAGAGAUUUUUCUGUUCUUCGUUCUUUUUGAUUUCUUUUUACCUCUAUUUCUACAUUCUUUCGCUUCUUUAUUCUAUCAUUCAAUCCAUUCUCUGAGAUUUUAUACUCUUCUUCUUCUUCUUCUUCUUCAUCAAUGGCGUUCAAGAAAACCCUAGCUCACCGUCUCUUUAACCUUUCCAAAAUCUCCGCGCAAUCCCUUACCAAAUGCCGGAUUUCCUCUUCUUCCCUUGCUGUUCGUGUUCCUCCCAAUACUAAUACUUCCAACAUUGCUCAUGAUCCGGGAGAUCAUUCCGUGUUUCGUCGUUUUCUUCACAAGCGGGCGGUUUUUACCCAGCCGGCGAUUUCGCCGGAGCUUCGGGAGUUGGCAGCCGGAGGGAACAUUGUCGAGAAGUUUAAAUCUUUAGGGAUUGCACCAGAUCGUAUCCGACUUGAUUGCCUGCGUCCUCCUGCUUCGGAGACGUUGGCUGUGGAUCGGGAUAGGUCCGACGUGAAGAAUGGAUUGACAGUGGAGGAUGCGAGGAAGUUGCUUAGGGUAACGCGGAUGGAGAUGGUGAAGAGAAAUUUGAGAGAGAUUCAGAAAUCGUGGAUUCCGUAUACGGAAUUCAUUAGGGUUUGUUGUCAGGGGUGUGAUGAUUCUGAUCAGGGACUUGAGAUUGCUCAAAUGCUUGAUGAAUCUGGGACUGUGAUUGUUUUAGGAAACGUGGUGUACCUCAGGCCUGAACAGGUAGCUAAAGCCAUUGAAGGCCUAAUCCCCUUACCAUCAGUCAUUCCAAAUGAUGCCAUAAGGGAAGAGCUUGAAGCAAUGGAGAUCCAGAAAGCUGCAAUCGACAAACGAGCCGAAGCACUCACACGACGAGAGCUCUGGUGUGGGUUGGGCUUCCUAGUGGCUCAAACAGCUGCAUUCAUGAGGCUCACCUUCUGGGAGCUCACUUGGGAUGUCAUGGAACCAAUUUGCUUCUAUGUCACCUCAGGUUACUUCAUUGCUGGUUAUACAUUCUUCCUCAAGACCUCGAAAGAACCAUCAUUUGAAGGCUUCUUCCAAAGCCGGUUUAGCACAAAGCAGAAGCGACUGAUGAAGCUUCAGAAUUUCGAUAUCGCUCGUUACAACAAACUCCGAAGAGCCUGUUUUCCAAACUCCUCAGCUCCAGAACUUCCUUCUUCUUCAGAUUCUAUGGUGUAUGAUAAUUCAACAAAGAUGCAGUUGGAAUCUAUACAUCAUUAAAAAAGAAAAUUACAAACAGCUUUAAAAUAAAGAAAAGUAUACGUAGUGUGCGAUGUUUAAGCUGUUUCUUUUUCUUCACUGCUACCUUCUAUAACUUUCAUUAGGUCCGGCGGCAGCUUUGUAAAACAGAGUACAUAGAAUUAUCAUUCACUCUUCUAACAAAAAAACUGAAUCCUUUUUCUUUUCUUAUUUAAUACAAGUUAAAAAUUAGGUUGGCUGAGAA